AUGUAUAGAAAACGAUCCACGCUUCCUGAAAUACCCGAUGAACGAGGUGGUCCAUCGACAUCACCGCCAUCUUCUCAUAUACAUUCAAGUGAAUAUACUCCAGAUGAGUUCUAUAACAAUGGUGGUCAACCCAGGUCUCCCGAAAGAAGGUACACCACGCAAGAACAAUCAACUCGACAACAAUACCAACAAUACCAGCAGAUACCACCAGGUGGGUCUCAACAAACACAAUCGCAUGGCCUCGAUGAUAGAUUAGAUGCUACCGGUACGGAAAUUGAAGAAGAGGAGAAUACGGAUUUUUGGCAAGAGGCUUUUGUUCCCAAGAGUGGAUCCAGCGAAUCUCAAGAUGUGAAUGCUUUGACUUCGUCGGAUUUAACCUCCGCUCAAAAUGAACCGAGUGAAAAAGUGAUUCCUCCUCUUCGAAGAUCGGGAUCGGCCUUAGAAACGAGGAAACCAAAGGAUUAUCAAAGGUCUGAAUCUCGCGGAGCUGGAAAACCUUCAUUAUUAAAUCAUUCAGAUAGCAUUAAUCGACCCCGUCCCAAGGCGGACGGAAAUAAUCCUAUGAUGAGAACUGAUUUUGAAGCCGAAGGUCAACCUCCACAUCGAUCGAAAUCUCUCGUGAAACCGGAACGUGCUCGUCCGAUAUAUCGCAGAAACACUUUUCAUAGACAGGAUUAUGAUAGUGAAAUAGAAAAACCACGUCUUGUUAAUGUCGCCAAUGAUAGACGAAGACUGCCCGAACGAAGGAACAAAAAAAAGUGGUACCAAUGUGAAUUCCCUUCUUCUUGGGUAAUGUUCUCAAGAUGUAUCACCUGUUGGGCCCCUCCGUGUUUGCUAUCUUGUUUUGGACUCAGCGAUAGAUUAACCCAACAAGCGUGGCGCGAAAAGAUUGCCCUCGUAUUCAUCAUUUUAAUUCAUUGCGCUGCUGUGGGUUUCUUAACUUUCGGAAUAACUCAGGCUUUUUGUGGGAUACCGCCCGCGCGGGUUAGGGUCAAUGAGUUGGGGUUUCAUCGGAGCGUUAUACUUGGGAAGGUAUAUGAUAUUAGCGGUUAUAAGCAUACUGUAUACCCAGAUUUUAUCGAUGAUGAAAAUUUGGAUGCGGAAAGUAACCAUGCCGGUGGACACGAUUUAUCUUUCUUGUUCCAAGUUGUGAAUCAGAACUGUGCGGGGUUGCUCGUUAAUAAUGCUAGUGGAAAGCUAGACAAUUACUUUCCAUGCGUGCCGACCGAUGAUUAUUCCACACCGAACCCUCUGGAAAAUGUAAUUAACAAAGGUUGCCAUUUAAGUGCAAAGUCUGCCAUAAAACAGCUCAGAUAUGUUGGUGACCUAUAUUAUGAUUGGGACUAUGUUACUCGAAAGGAUCGUGAUUUCAUA